GCGCGCAGGGGUCAAAAGGGCUUAGGCCGAAGGCGACGGCGUGGAGAUGCGGUCGCUGUUAUGCAGGGGUACUUGGCGCGCGGUGCUUGCUCGGGCCUGGAGACCUAGGGCUUCGGCGGAUUACCUGGGGGCCUUGGACGCACAGGGUUACGCGCGGAAUCCCCCAGUUGGAAUGUGCGAACUGCAGGGCGAGCUGGACAGAUUCGGGGGCGUCUCAGUGCGCCUGGCGCGGCUCGACGCGCUGGACCGCCUGGACGCCGCCGCUUUCAAGAAGGGCUUGCAGGUUGCAGUACAACAAUGGCGAUCAGAAGGUAGAACAGCUGUAUGGUUGCACAUUCCCAUCCUCCAAAGCCGAUUUAUUGCUCCUGCUGCUUCCCUCGGCUUCCGUUUUCACCAUGCAGAAUUGGAUUCAUCAACAUUGACUCUGUGGCUGGGAGAAGGGCCCAGCAGAUUACCAGGAUAUGCUUCACAUCAAGUAGGAGUUGCAGGAGCUGUAUUUGAUGAAAGUACUAGAAAAAUACUGGUUGUACAAGAUCGAAAUAAAUUGAAAAAUAUGUGGAAAUUUCCAGGAGGCCUGUCAGAACCUGGAGAAGAUAUUGAGAUGGGGUUUCGCCAUGUUGCCCAGGCUGGUCUUGAACUCCUGGAUUCAAGUGAUCCUCCUGCUUUGGUCUCCCAAAGUGCAGGGAAUAUAGGAGUCACAGCAGUUAGAGAAGUUUUUGAAGAGACUGGUAUAAAAUCAGAAUUCAGGUCCCUCCUGAGUAUUCGGCAACAGCACGCAAAUCCUGGAGCUUUUGGGAAGUCAGAUAUGUAUAUCAUCUGCCGCCUAAAGCCAUACUCAUUCACAAUAAAUUUUUGCCAGCAUGAAUGCUUAAGAUGUGAGUGGAUGGAUCUCAAUGACCUGGCCAAGACUGAAAAUACAACUCCUAUCACCAGCAGAGUUGCUAGGCUGCUGCUGUAUGGGUACAGAGAAGGGUUUGACAAAAUUGACCUGACUGUGGAAGAACUUCCAGCAGUGCACACAGGCCUGUUUUAUAAACUCUAUCACAAGGAACUGCCAGAGAAUUAUAAAACUAUGACAGGAAUUGAUUAAAUUCACAUUUAUAUGUUUAGAAACAUGUAAACUAACAAAUAAGAAAUAGUGGACGUUUGGGAUUAAAUAUCUGACUGUAAUUUUCUAAUAGAUAUGAUUUCCAUGAAGAAAUUUUGUUUCUAAAUGUACACAUUUUAAAAUCCUCUUUUCAAAUAAAGCAAAUGCAUGAAAAAGA